AUGGCCCUAGGCACGCCAGUCGUCCCCCACAUGGCUUGGUUCACGGAUCUAGCCGUGUCGAUUUUACAAAAGAACCCUCCCUCGAGUGCUUGUACAGCACACAAAUCCACCAUUUUGUUCCGAUUCCCAUCGUCGUCUGGGAGUCCGUCUCCUCCUCCCAUCCUACCAUUGUCGCCUGAUCUGGCGUAUCAAAACCAACCAGGGCCCUUUAAUCCCUACCUCACCCUUCCGCCGCCUGAAGACAAGAUCCCCGACCUUGACGAGUUACCCUCUGAACAACCACCCUUGCCCCCACCUACCACGCCUGCUCGUACCAUGUCAGGACACCACUGCAUCACCCUCGCCGCCAACCCUCCCUAUUUCGAUGGGGACAAGACCAAAUACAUGGGCUUCGUGGACUCGUGCACCACCUACAUUGGUGCAUACCGGUCAGAAUUCUCGCUGGAUGAAACCAAAAUCCUCUUCAUCCUCUCCUACCUCCACAACGAGGCUGGCACAAGCUGCGCCGCCUCGAGAUGGGUGAUGAACUGGAAGCAGCGCAACUUUGAGAGCCUUAAUGGAAUAAAGGCUGGGGUCACCUCGGCGACCUUCUUGGAGGAACUGCAGAGGGCCUUUGGGGACUCCAACGCGGAGCAAGUUGCCGCCGCUUGA